GCGAUAGUUGCAGCAGCUGAGAUCCUAGGAGCAGAGCAGGCGAUUUGUUAUGUCAACAAAACAGACAAAUUGUCACCACACAGGUGUAUGAGGGUGUACUGGUGUGGAAUGGCCUGACGGGGAAACUUCACCUGGACCUAGACCUUCUCUUCCGUCCCAGUCAUCCACAGUCUCUAUGACAACCCCACCACUAGUGUCCACUUUUGGUGGGCAGCCACCAAUACAGCAGCAGCAGCAGCAGCAAGGCCAGGCAGCGCGUGAUGUCAACACGGCGUCACUGUGCCGCAUCGGCCAGGAGACGGUCCAAGACAUUGUCGUCAGGACAUUGGAGAUCUUCCAACUCCUCAGGAACAUGCAGCUGCCUAAUGGAGUCACUUACCACCCUAAUACCCAGCAGGACCGGCUGGGAAAACUCCAGGAGCACCUACGCAUGCUCUCUGUGCUGUUCCGCAAGCUUCGCUUAGUCUAUGACAAGUGCAAUGAAAACUGUGCUGGACUGGACCCCAUACCCCCAGAGCAACUUAUACCGUUCUUGGAGGAUGAGAGCUCCAAACACGAGGACGGCACAGCUGGCCAGAGCCGCUCCACCGCUGAGGAGAGAAGAGAAAUCCUUGAGGUCAACAAGAAGCUGAAGCAGAAGAAUCAGCAGUUGAAGCAGAUCAUGGACCAACUCCGUAACCUCAUCUGGGAGAUCAACUCCAUGCUGGCUGUCAGAAGCUGAGCACACACACACACACACACGCACACACUCACAAACACACACACACACACACACACACACACACGAUGAAUGGACAGAAAGACAGUGUUGUCACAGGGUAGAACAGACUGGCUGAGGCUGCACUUUACAGAAGAAAUGAGGACUUUGGUGAUAUCAGUCUGUUUUCUGAGGUGAAAAGAUAUAAAACAAUACCUGAAAAAAGAAGAUAAAUGAAUAGAGAAGGACACUGAACAUUUGACAGUGUCAGUGUGGGCGAUGGCAGAAAAUCUUCUCUCUACUCUGGAUUAAUCAUGUUUUCUAUAAAAAUGAUUUACGAUCUGCUUGUAGGUACUAGCUCAAUAGAGAAGUAUUGAUAUCUUAUUUAAUCCUUAUUUCCUGUACAUGUGUAACAUUUCAUAGUUUUUGAAAUAUCUGAAGCUCUAAAUGACUAAGAGAGAGUAAGUUUUCCUCAAAGUGGCAAAAACCACGACUUGUAUUCUUGUUAUAUUGAUGAAAUGUUGAGUCAUGUUUCUCACAGAUUGGAUUUGACGUGUCAUUAUAAAGCCUCGUUGAGGAAUCUGUUGAACUAUAAAAUAUGCUGUGAUGGUCUUUUUCAAAAUCAAA